CUCUUGCCACUACAAUCCAAUCCACUCCACCACAUCUCCUCUCCUCUCCCGUGAGGCCGUGACUCACGAGUCACUACUCACUCACUAGGCUACACUGCGGCUACCAGCACAGGGCAGCAACAAUGGCGUUGCGGAUGCUCAACGCGUCACCUCUCCAUCUUCUCCGCUCCCUAUGCUUCCUCCUCCUCGCCGCGUCGGUGACGGUCGCCGCGCGCCGCCACGGCGCUCCAGCGGGCGGCGCUGCCGGCCAGAGCAUGUACCUGGCGCCGAGCUGCCGGGAGCACACGGCGUCUCUGGCGGACUUCGGCGGCGUGGGCGAUGGCACGACGUCGAACACGGCGGCGUUCCGGUCGGCGGUGGACCACCUGUCGCAGUACUCCGGCGAGGGCGGCGGCGGCGGCAUGCUGUACGUGCCGGCGGGGAAGUGGCUGACGGGGCCCUUCAACCUCACCAGCCACUUCACCCUCUUCCUCCACAGCGAUGCCGUCAUCCUCGGCUCACAGGAUGUAAACGAAUGGCCAAUCAUUGAUCCUUUGCCUUCUUAUGGAAGAGGGAGGGACAAAAUUGGAGGAAGAUACGCUAGCCUUAUCGGUGGAUCAAACCUCACCGAUGUAGUCAUCACUGGCAACAACGGGACAAUAGAUGGGCAGGGUGCGAUGUGGUGGUCGAAAUUCCACAAGAACCAGCUCAAGUACACACGCGGGUACCUCAUCGAGCUCAUGCACUCCGACACCAUCUUCAUCUCCAACCUCACGCUGCUCAACUCGCCGGCGUGGAACAUUCAUCCGGUCUACAGCAGCAACAUCGUGGUGCAAGGCAUCACCAUUCUCGCGCCGACGCAUUCUCCAAACACCGACGGCAUCAACCCUGACUCGUGCUCUCAAGUUCGCAUCGAGGACUGCUACAUCGUGUCAGGCGACGACUGCGUGGCGAUCAAGAGCGGGUGGGACGAGUACGGCAUCGCGUACGGCAUGCCGAGCCAGCACAUCGUGAUCCGGCGGCUGACGUGCGUGUCCCCGACGAGCGCGGUGAUCGCGCUGGGCAGCGAGAUGUCCGGCGGCAUCCAGGACGUGCGCGCGGAGGACAUCACGGCCAUCAACUCCGAGUCCGGCGUGCGCAUCAAGACCGCCGUGGGGCGCGGCGCGUACGUGCGGGACGUGUUCGUGCGCGGGAUGAGCCUGAACACGAUGAAGUGGGUGUUCUGGAUGACGGGCAACUACAAGUCCCACCCGGACGACAAGUACGACCCCAACGCCGUCCCCGUCGUCGACAACAUCAGCUACCAGGACGUGGUGGCCACCGGCGUGAACACGGCGGCGCGGCUGGAGGGCAUCCAGGGCGCGCCGUUCAAGGGCAUCUGCAUCGCCAACGUGACGGCGGAGAUGGCCAAGUCCAGGAAGUACCCGUGGACGUGCACCGACGUGGAGGGCGUGUCGGCCAACGUGAGCCCGUCGCCGUGCGAGCCGCUGCAGGGCGCGCACGACGGCGCCUGCCCGUUCCCCACCGACACGCUGCCCAUCGACCAGGUCACCGUGCAGCAGUGCGCCUACGACGUCCCCACCCCCAGCGGCAGCAACUGAAGUCGAUCGAGCUUGUGGCUCAUACUGACUGGCAUGCAUCCAGCUGCUUGCUGAUCGAUACAAGAAACAAGACUAGAUCAAUACUUACACAUGCAUGCUUCUCCAAGUAAUCUGAAGACAAUAACGAGCGAGUGGUCCCAUCCCAUCUGCUUAAGAUGAAGAUGAAGAUGAAGAUGGUGGCUAUUGCUCAUGUUUUAGUUUCAAUGUCCUAAAUUAAAGGUCCUGCACUGCUCUGCAGCAUCGGUCCUGCAAGUCGUUCCUUGCAUUGGCAGUCAGCUGUUGUUCAGGCCAGUCGUUUGCUCAUAUAUGUACUUACCAAAACUGUCUGAAGAGAUCGUGCCUGUUGUUGAAAUCUGCUAUGAAAUAAGAAUGCAAUUGUUGCGAAA